AUUAGCACUCCUUCCGCGAUUCGGACCCCAAGAUGACUGUCAUAUAAUGUUUUUGCCUUAUGAAACUCUAUCCGAAGGCGGGUACAGAGACACCUAACGUGUAUCCUAAUGUAUGCCCAGUUCUACCAUCCAAACGACUAAAUAUUUCCACAUUAGUGCAGUACAGCUUUCGGCGCCAUGGGGUCAGACUGUUGAUACUUCUGGACUAUCUAUAGAGGGUGCUCCCUUUUUUGUGAGUCCAGUGAACUCGAUCUAUACCCCUUGUCAUACGUUCCUACCCUAAUCCCAACCAUAAUCUCACCAUGUCUCUGGACCCUGGUCAACAUGUAGGAUGGCGUGAAAUAUCGAAUCACUGGUUAUGAUUACUUUGCAUGUAAGCGUAUCUCUUCAUCUCACACCAGGGGUUGAAAUCAAGAUAUAAAGACACGAUAAUGUUCUGCUAUGUAUUUUCUGACAGUGCACAACUACCCCAUCUCAACAAACCAGCCUCGGUUGCAAAUCCAUUCUCGCAAUUGAUAACUUGUCUUUGGAUCCACAAUGCCUUCCUUCUUCCACUCCGUUGCUAUCAAUGCCCUUCUGGCUGUUGCCAUACUGAGUGAUGUUGCCAGUGCCUAUCCUCAGCCUGCAGUCGCCGAUGUGAGCGUCCCCUCGGAGAGAUCCAUCACACCGAUCAUGUUUUACGAGGAACGUGAUGGCGACAUCGUGAAGCGUUCCAAAACAUUGAAAAUUGGUGCAAAGCCCGAAAAGGCCCAUACCUGUCCCAAGACCAAUCGCUACGCAAACCCGGUUGAAUACUCGUCGGGGCAGCUUCAGAAGGCCUUCAUCCAGGCAGCACAGUAUGCCAACGAUGGUAAACAAAUUGGAGCCAGAAAAUACCCGCAUUAUUUUGGCAAUAAUGAGAAAUUGCCUUUUGACUGUGGGAAGAAGAAGAUGGAGUUUCCUCUUGAUAAGGACAGCCCUGGUAAUGUUUAUGGUGGGCAAGCUGUGACGGAUCUCCCAGACCGUAUUGUAUUCGAGGUCAAGGAAGAAAAGAAAGUAACGCGUGUCAAGUUCUGCGGAGUGAUGCGCCAUGGGAAUGAUGGAGACUUUCUCAACUGCUCGUAGAGCUGUUCGAGGAAUCCGAAGAACAUGCCCGAAUUGGCCAUGAAGCCUAGCCGGGCUACGAAUAGAUACUUGUCUAUAGAUUAAGCCGAGCGAAGUGAUUCUAAUAUACUGUUGUUGA